GCUCCCUCAGGAAAAAAAAAAAUUCUAGUAAAACUGUGGUAUUUGAAAUUGGAUCAGACUCAUCUGAAGAUGUCUUUCAGAAGGGGAAUACAGUCAGAUGUAUGGAUUUUGGAAGUACUUCCCUGUCUCAAGUUGAUGAAGGCUGUACUGUGAAUCAAAGCCAAAGCCCUUGUUAUAUAGAGCAUCCUGAGCCAAGUGCUAAAAAUGGAGCAUCCUUAAAUAUCCUAGAUAUAUGUGGAGACUUAGAAGAAAGAAAACUAGGAAGCACAGAUGAUACCCCAACUGUCACUGAAAACUUGGAAAUUGUUGAGGAAAAUAUGACUGUCAAGAAGAAACAGGAUAUACCUUUUCCAGAUUCCUGCAUGGAACAACCUAACAUGCAACAUGGUUUUAGUUACAUACAGAAUCAUACUUCUUCCUCAUUAUGCAGGAUGGCACAAGUACAGUUGGCUGGUGAAACCAUGAAGAUGACUACAAAUGAACAGACAGAUCAUUGUGCAGAAAAAACUGCCAUUGUCCAGUCUGCUGGAAGUACACCAGUUGCAAGUGAAAAUAAGGAACAGCAGCAACAAUCCCAGACUAUGUCUGACAGCCCUCUGAGUGAAAGAUCUGGGAAGAAACUGAUGCAGAGCAUCAAGAAAGUCAAUGAGUGGUUUUCUAAAAGCAAGGAGAUCCUUUCUUCUAGUUCUCUGCUGGAUGUUUGCAGUGAAGAGCUUGAUCAGGAUGCAGAUCCAGGUUUGUCAGAUGCUGACUCUUGUAUCUCCCAGAAGACAGAACAGAUGGAAAAUCAAGGGGAAUUCACAAAGAUGGGUGGAGAUGAAAGGCCUUUGUCCAAACUAGCUGCCUCUAAAAUUGUUGACAAAAUAUUUGGACGAACAUAUAAGAGGGAACGCAAAGUAACCCCCACUAGAAAUGACAAUGGAACAAUCCAGAUCCAAGCAGAGGAAAUCACUGCUUUGAACACACAUUCCUGUAAUACAUCCAUGAGAAAGAUAUUCACACGAAAGAGAAAGGCAACAUCAGAUGUUACACCCAAGGACUUCAACAAGAGACAGAAUGUGAAAGCAAGCAAUAAGGAAUCAGUUGGGGAAAAAGAAGAUCCUGUUUUGGAAAAUAGUGACCAAGCCUUUGCUAUUGUUGAUAAAUCCCCAGCAGAUCAAAUGGAAGCUGAUUUUUCAGUAACGCUCUGUGUUGAGGAAGGAGUGUCCAUGUUGAAAGCAGAUGAAGGUAAACAAGCUCAAAGUGAAUGCCACCCAUUGCCAGAAUUAAACCUUACAAGUAUGAAGAACAAAAGUAAUUAUUUGAACAAGAGAAGUAAAGAAUUAAUCAAACCACUUGGGAAAUUGCAGAUGUUGAGGAAUAGAAGCCCUAUUCUGUCUGAGGAGACCAACACAGACCUAGAUAGUAAGGAGCUGAGAGAAGUGAGUCCAGGCCAGAUGCAAGUCAGGUGGAGCAGGAGGCUUCAGUUGCGCACAGGAGAAGCCAGGAGACAGAGUGAGCCAACCAAGAAAAAAAGAAAUGUGGAUGAGAGAGAGCAGAAACGACCCUUUUCUUUUUUAGGAAGGAUGCCAUCUUCCUCUGUAGCAGAAGAUGACUCCUGUGUGCCUCAGGACAAUCUGCAGAAGGCAAAGUUUGGGUCAGAUGCCAGCAUGAUUGAUAAGCUGUACCAGUGUGAUGCAGAUAUGGCUUAUGCUAACCAUGAAAACUCUCCUCUUGUGAUUGGAAUUGUAAAAGAUAUUCUGAAUACAGAACAGACUACAGACAGCCACAAUGCAGACUCCCAAGGCAGAAGCUCACUCUUGCAGUUUCAUCCUGGAGAGGUAGAACAAGCAGCUUCCAAGGAUGAGCAGUUUGUAGUUGUGGGUCAACCUGAGAAACAUGCAGUGUGUUCGCAAAUAAUACAGGGUGAUGGGAUUUGCACAGAUAGCUGUAAGUCCCCUGGAACCAAUAGUAAAGCUAUAGGGACUUGGGAAUUGAAUCCAGAAACUGAUGAUAGUGAACUAGAUACAGGCUUCAUGCGGAAUAUAUUUGGCUGCUGCAAACGCCAGUCAUUCUUACUACAUCCAAGUCCAGUAAAGGAAUUGGCUGUGGAUAUUACAUAUUUGCAAGAGCUGAGCCCUGAAGAAGUAAAGAAUGAUAAAGAUGGAAUACAUGAAGAGAAAUGUGAUGCUGUUUCCUGUGAGGUGAAUAAAAGUAUCUCUAUCCAAACACCAAAAUCUUGUACCUCAUCUGAACAAAAGAAUAGAGCUGAGUAUCUCCAGUUUGCCUCUCAAGCUCCAUUUUCUGAUUGUCUAUCCAUACCUGUGCAAUCAGUUGUCAGAAAUGGAGAAGGUGGAUGUCAACCAGAAAGUAAAAAAUCAAUAGGUGAAGAAAAACUAUCUCUGGGGUUAGAGAGAGAAACUGAAAGUCCAGAUGAUAGCAAUGGAAGUCUAAAUGUCUGUGAAAACAGCAAUUUGCAUGAUACAAGUUUCAGCCAUGUUAAUGGGAGAAGUUCUAGUUCAGUCCGAUUUCAAGAAGCAGAAUCCGAAGGUACUGAAAAUAAAAGAUUGGAACUGAGUCCUCAGACAGAAUUAAUGCAGCAACAUUCUUUAACUUGUCUGCCACUAUUACCUGGAUUCAUCCAUGCUGAAAAUAAAAAGAGCCUCAUGGAAGAAAAGCAACUGAACAGUGACACAGGAGAAGCUGUUGAUAUUUCUAGCACUGGUGGGGUUAAGAGCUUGAUUCCCCGACCGAAUUUAGAAUUUUGUACUGAGGAGGAGCACCAUCACUUUGAACUGUUGUCAGAGACACCAGACAACUUGCUGGACCCACCCACCAAAAAUAAAGAGGGUUCACCAAACCUUUGGGAUAUGAACAACAUCUCAGCCAUGCCUGCUAAAAUAGACAAGCAAGCCACUAGUGGGAGAGACCUGGAUAGCAGAAACAAAUGCAGUCUCAUGUUGAAGAGUCAGGACUUUGUUUUGACUCGCCGGAAGUUGCUACAGAAGCUGCCGUCCUCAGAAGAGGAGGAUUCCAGUGAAGAUGAAAAACUGCCUUGCUUUCAGGCACUAAUCAAUAUGCAAAGCACACUAUCACAGUCGGUGAAAGAGAAGGAGACACCAGCAGAGAUGCUGGCAUCAAAGAGCAGCAGCAGAAGUUGUCUCAAACACAAAGAGGAGGACAUCUGCCAAAGCCAGGAAUCAGAGUGCUCUGUGAAUUUGUUUUCCUCCCAAUCAAAUGUAUCUGCAUACUCUGGCAGGCUUUGUAAUUCAAGGGAUUUAAUCCCAGUCUCUAAUUCCAGAGAGAAUUUGCCCAGUCUCAGUGGGAAUAAAAGAGACAUUUCACACAGUGAUAAAGUCCCUCAAGAUACUGGACAACUGAAAUAUGGGCAAGAAGAACAUGCACAUUCAGAAUCCAAUUUAGGUGAAGAAAUGAUGUCCUAUGCCAGUGAAGCAACCCAGCUGGAAGAUUCAUUAGGUCUAUUCUCCCAGAGUGAAAUUCUCACCACACAGCAAAGGGAUGCUAUGCAAAAUAACUUAAAGAAAUUGCAACAGAAGAUGGCUAUCAUUGAAGCUGUCCUCGAACAGGGAAGCCAGUGUCCUGGCCCUGAAGGAUGGCCACUGGAAGGGGAGGAAACUGAUUUCAACAGAGAACAGACAAGAGCAAGAAAGGGAACGUACACCGUACAGGAAAAAUCAAUCUCUCCCUUGGCACGUACCGCCUACUAUAGCACAAGGAAAAGGAAUAGAAAGAGCCCACUUCUGACCAGGGGGGGAAAAAUGUCUCUGGUGGCAUCUGGUCUAAACCAGAGUGAAUUGCGACUGGUACAUAGAUUUGCCAAGAAAACCAAGAGCUCUUGGUCUAAUAAAACUACAGAAGAAACAACUCAUGUAAUAAUGAAAACAAAUGAGGAUCUGGUCUGUGAAAGAACCCUGAAGUACUUUAUAGGUAUCGCUGCACAGAAAUGGGUGUUGAGCUACCAAUGGAUUAUACAGUCACUCAAAGCAGGAAGAGUUCUUAAAGAGGAGGAUUUUGAAGUGAGAGGAGAUGUAAUCAAUGGGAGAAACCAUCAAGGGCCCAAAAGAGCAAGGGAAUCACCUGUUGGAAAGCUUUUCCAAGGAUUGGAGAUUUGCUGUUAUGGGCCAUUCACUGACAUACUUCCAGAACAACUGGAGUGGAUUGUAGAACUUUGUGGCGCCUCCCUUGUGAAGCAACCUCACUUAUUUGCACAUGCAACAAACUCCACUGCUGUGAUAGUUGUUCAGCCUGAUGCAUGGAAGGAAGGGAGCACCUGCCAAGAGCUCCCACUGCAGUGCAGCAUUGCUGUAGUUUCACGUGAGUGGGUGCUGGACAGUGUUGCUUGCUAUCAGUGCCAGCCAUUCGAUGAAUACAUCAUUCAACAGGGUGAAAAAGAGCAAAAAGCAUUUCUUCAGCUCUACCCUUCUGUACUAUCUCUGCAUGAAAGGAGAUGAAGAAACAGAAAUGGGGAUCAGGAAGAACUGGUCCUUGCUUAUGAUGCAGACAUGGUCAUGGCUGGCUACUUGGUCUCCCAUGCUUUCAGGAGACAAAAAAAGACUUGUAGGUGUCAUAUGAGACAAGUGAAGAAAACAGCAGCUAUUAUUGAAAAAAAAGCUCCAGUGGGCACAACUUUUGAGCUUUCCAGCUUUCACCCUUGGUAGAGAUAAUAAAAACCAUCACUUUCCAAAAGAGAA